AUGCAGAAUAGUGAAGUGGCCGGCGCCGCGGGAAUCGGUAUCGUCAGCGGUCUGAACUGGUCUGACUACUGUCUGCAAUGGCAGGAGUUUCUGCGAUGGAUCCAGAUGACGUUAGUAGCCUUCGGCGUCGAACCGGCCGCUUGUGUCCAGUCGAUUCUUACGAUUCUGCUGCAGAGCGAGGAAGAGGUGUCGGUGUCAGAUGGUGGUCUGGUAGGUCACGGCGCGUCAAAGCUCAUGUCCACUGGCUGUGUCUCAUCGCAGGCUAGGGACGUGCGUGAGGUAGCGCUGUUCGAACGACUGAAGAAUGAUCUGUCGACGGACCAGCUGGUGCAGUUUACCGAAGAGGUGAUCGAUCGGUUUUACAAAUUGAGCGGAUGUGUCUGUCAUUCAGGUGAAAGUGACCAGAAAACGCCGUUCAGUAUUGACUGUAAUAAAUAUUCGGAAAACAGACACGGGCAAGGUUUGCCACCGCCGGCAUGUCGUCAUGUCGAGGAAUGUCACAAGCUCGGUUUUUGGACCAAAUUAGACUAUCAACCACCAUCACUGAACGAAUGCAUGCAGCGGUGUUGUCCUGAAACGUCAGCGUUCACUGUUAUCACCAAUCACCAUAAUUGCGAGAAGCAGCGUCUGUUCAACGAGUGCAAUGGUAAUGAGAUCUACGGUGGUGGCCAGUGUGCGGAUAAAGCCACGCAGCGCUCUGGCCAACGGCUGUUUAGCUCAGACUCUGAGGAGGAGCUGACAGCACCUAAAAGUCAAGAAAGUAGCGAGGACACAUCGUUUUAUGUCGUACCGCAGUAUGACAACACAUGGCUAAGGGUCCAGGAACACAAUGGUAACAUUGUGAAGAAAGGAGCCGCUGAUGUUUCUGCGUGGGCAUUUACCGUUCCGCCAUCGUUGUUCGAAGACAAAGCCGUCAAGGGAGACGAACGUCGCAGCGUCACUGGUUCGUCUGCGACUUUCGUUGACGACACACUUUGCUGGUGGGGCGGCGUUAAUUUUCAGAACUACCAACUCAGUAAUACAACGGUCGGCUUUCAUAUGCCUGAGGACAUCUUCGAAUUCGACCCCUGGGAUUUCAUCAAUGGUAAUAUUGAUUGCUAUGGGCCCUUGUUUAAAUUCAAUUACGUUAAGCAAGGAGUUUAUGCAUUAAUUUAUUUUGAUUUACAAUUCUACGAUGCCUUGUAAUG